UGUACCCAGGGAUUGCUGUUGGCUUCUGCCAUCCCAGAGAGCUGCCAAAUCAGUUCCGGCUCCACUGAGAACCUGACACCGGAGACUGAAACUGACACUUAAAUCGGCUUGCUGGUCUCUCUGGGAGGAGUGCAGGGAUUUGACUAUGGAUGGAGGCUCCGAGGAUAGACAGCGAGUCUGCGCUCGGAAAAGCUACAGCUCCACGGUGUGGGGGAGUGGAGACUGCGGCUGAACUCACUGGAUGGCUAGAAGAACCCCUUGGCCACUCAUCUGUCAAAUGGGGGAAGAGAGGAGGCUGAACUAGGGAGCCCUGAAGCUUGUAUCCCACCACCGCAGCACGAUGGAGUCCAGAGGCUAACUUUCUUGGCUCUUUCGCCUUGUCACAGCUGAAUCACAGAACUUUGAGGCAGGUAGGGCUGCGGGGGGCCAUCUAGAGCAAACCAUCAGGACAGGGGAAACUAACAGGGGGCCACACAGUCUUUUCUUGAGCUUCUAGUGAUUGCGACAUUCUGUGGGGGCCGGAGAGGGCUUCCUCACUACCAAAUUGUCACUAUCUAAGCCAUAAGAUUAGGAACUGGAAGGAUCAUUUAAUAUAGGACCUCCUCAGUUUACUCAAGAGGAAACUGAGGCAAGGAGUGGUAACAGGUCUUGUUCAAAGUCCACGAGUCCAAAGGCGGGUACAUCUAACCUCAGUUCUUCCAGGUUGGGGUUCCUCCUACUACAACUCCGCAGCCCCCUCCCCAAGAACCCCAAGGCACAGAGAUGUGCGUGCACACAGCGCCCAAGGGUGGCCCGUAGCACGUGCAUGAGACUAGUACAAGGCUCACACCUGCCCCCGAGAGUGCACACUCGCACACAUGUACACAAGCAUAGGCACUCGCAGCACUCCAGACCUGCUGGGGCUCCAUCAAGCGCCCCCAAGUCCAAGGCCGUGGUCUGGUUCCUGGAGCCUCCAGCCCCGCUACCGUCCCUCCCUCGGCCCCUCCCCCUCACAGUCCUCCCGCCUCUCUAUGGUAUUGUGGCGGGCCAGCCGGGCCGCACCAGGGUGCUUUCUAGCCUGCUCGUCCUGUCUAUGGCAGCGUCGCUUCCGGUGGCGGGAGCCGGGGCUGCGCACGCGGGAAAAGAUCCUGAUCCCGGAGCCCCCUCCCCCGCCCCCUGUGCCCGCCCGAGUCCACCAGUGUCCGUGUCCAUGCCCCCUGGAGGAACCCGGAGUUGAGGAGAUCCCACUAGACUUCUGUUGCCUCACUCGCCUUUUUGGGACCAGCGUCUCCCUUGAACUUCCUACUUAGUUUUCCACUGUCUGGUGCUUGGGCCAGCAGGGGCCAGGUCAGCAUGGCAGAGACUUUGGAAUUCAAUGAUAUCUACCAGGAGGUGAAAGGUUCUAUGAAUGAUGGUCGUCUUCGGUUGAGCCGCCAAGGAAUAAUCUUCAAGAAUAGUAAGACAGGCAAAGUGGACAACAUUCAGGCUGGGGAACUGACUGAAGGCAUCUGGCGACGAGUAGCUCUGGGCCAUGGCCUCAAGCUUCUUACGAAGAAUGGCCACUUCUAUAAGUAUGAUGGCUUCCGAGAAUCGGAGUUUGAAAAACUGUCAGAUUUCUUCAAAUCACACUAUCGGUUGGAGUUGGUAGAGAAGGACCUGUGUGUGAAGGGCUGGAAUUGGGGAACAGUAAAGUUUGGUGGCCAGCUCCUGUCUUUCGAUAUUGGCGAACAACCAGUCUUUGAGAUCCCUCUCAGUAAUGUUUCCCAGUGCACCACAGGCAAGAAUGAGGUGACACUAGAGUUUCACCAGAAUGAUGAUGCUGAGGUCUCCCUCAUGGAGGUGCGCUUCUAUGUGCCACCCACUCAAGAGGAUGGUGUUGACCCCGUUGAGGCGUUUGCCCAGAAUGUGCUUUCUAAGGCAGAUGUGAUCCAGGCUACUGGAGAUGCCAUCUGCAUCUUCCGCGAGUUGCAGUGCUUGACACCCCGAGGCCGUUAUGACAUCCGUAUCUACCCCACUUUCCUGCAUCUUCAUGGCAAGACCUUCGAUUACAAAAUCCCAUAUACUACCGUGUUGCGACUUUUCCUGCUACCUCAUAAGGACCAGCGCCAAAUGUUCUUUGUGAUCAGUUUAGACCCUCCCAUCAAGCAGGGCCAGACUCGCUAUCACUUCCUGAUCCUUCUUUUCUCCAAGGAUGAGGAUAUCUCCCUGACCCUCAACAUGAAUGAGGAUGAGGUGGAGAAGCGUUUUGAGGGUCGUCUUACCAAGAACAUGUCUGGGUCCCUCUAUGAGAUGGUCAGCCGUGUCAUGAAAGCCUUAGUGAACCGCAAGAUCACAGUGCCUGGCAACUUCCAAGGGCACUCAGGGGCCCAGUGCAUCACGUGUUCCUACAAAGCCAGCUCAGGAUUGCUGUACCCACUGGAGCGAGGCUUCAUCUAUGUUCAUAAGCCACCUGUGCACAUCCGAUUUGAUGAGAUCUCCUUUGUCAAUUUUGCCCGUGGCACUACUACUACUCGCUCCUUUGACUUUGAAAUUGAGACAAAGCAGGGUACACAGUAUACUUUCAGCAGUAUUGAAAGAGAGGAAUAUGGGAAGCUGUUUGACUUUGUGAAUGCCAAGAAACUCAACAUCAAAAACCGAGGAUUGAAAGAGGGCAUUAAUCCGAGCUACGAUGAAUAUGCUGAUUCAGAUGAAGAUCAGCAUGAUGCCUACCUGGAGAGGAUGAAGGAAGAGGGCAAGAUCCGUGAGGAGAAUGCCAAUGACAGCAGUGAUGACUCAGGAGAUGAAACCGAUGAAUCUUUCAACCCUGGGGAUGAGGAGGAUGAUGUCGCAGAGGAGUUUGACAGCAAUGCCUCUGCCAGCUCCUCCAGCAAUGAGGGCGACAGUGACAGGGAUGAAAAGAAGAAGAAACUGGCUAAGAAAGCUAAGAUUGUCAAGGAACGAAAAUCCCGGAAGAAGCCUGUGGAGGGUAAGAAGGGCAAAGAUCCAAAUGCCCCCAAGAGGCCCAUGUCUGCCUAUAUGUUGUGGCUUAAUGCCAGUCGGGAAAAGAUCAAGUCUGACCACCCGGGCAUCAGCAUCACUGAUCUCUCUAAGAAAGCAGGAGAGAUCUGGAAGGGGAUGAGCAAAGAGAAGAAAGAGGAAUGGGACCGAAAGGCUGAGGAGGCCAAGAGAGAAUAUGAGAAGGCCAUGAAAGAGUACAGUGAAGGAGGCCGAGCUGAGUCUUCUUACAGGAAGGAUAAGUCCAAGAAGAAGAAGAAAGGAAAGGUGAAGAUGGAGAAAAAGUCUACCCCUUCUAAAGGCUCAUCUAAGUCUUCAUCUAAACAACUGAGUGAGAGCUUCAAGAGCAGAGAAUUUGUGUCCAGUGACGAGAGUUCUUCAGGCGAGAACAAGAGCAAAAAGAAGAGGAGGAGGAGUGAGGAUUCUGAAGAGGAGGAGGAACUGGCCAGCACCCCACCCAGCUCAGAAGAAUCAGGAUCCGGGUCAGAUGAGGAGUAGAGAAGCAGCAUCUUCUCUGCUGUCCCUUGUCACCUUUCCACCUCCCCAUUUCCAGUUUCCAUCCAUCUCCUUUUACCAGCAGCCCCUGAAUUGGGGAAUCAUCCCUGGACUUAGCUCGCAGUGCAGCCCUCCUUGGUUUAUGGACUUCAGUGACUGGGCAGGGAGGGUUUUUUCUGCUUCACAGGGAUGACUCAGUUGAGUUUGGGAAGAAGGUACAAGUUGGAGUGCAGGUUACGUGGGACCUAAAAUCUUCACCCAUGUUUUCUUCUCCACAGUACUGCCAGCUGAUCCCUUCUCUGUCCCUUGGCAACUCAUGGGAAGCUGCAGCAGGGGCCACACACAGGGUCAGCCUUGUAGCCCCUUGCUGGGGCCUAUUUCUAUUUUGUAUUUCUGGUCAGUGGAAGUCACAAAAAAAGAUUUAAUAAAAGCAGAGUGACUUUA